UCGGAGAGGACAAGUUAAAGAAUCUGAGAAGCACUUGACGACGUUCCUUUUGGAAAGAUGGCCGACGUGGCGUCUAAAACACAGCCACAAGGAACAGAAAACUACUCUCUAGAAGAGAUCGCUCGUCAUACCAGCGAAGGAGAUGCUUGGCUUGUUCAUUCAAGCAAAGUAUACGAUGUUARUGGGUUUUUGGAACGCCACCCAGGAGGUCAGGAUAUUCUAGUGAAAAACUGUGGUAAAGAUGUGACAGAAAUAAUGAACUCUGCAGACUUUCAUAAGCACAGCAAGAUUGCUUACGGGUGGCUGCAGAAAUAUUACAUUGGGAAGGUCAAGGAAGAGGAGAAGAAACAGAUUGACAAAGCUAACCUUGAUAAUGUGUGUGUUGAUGGAUGGAGAGAGGACAUGGUUGAUUGGAGCAAACCAAUGCUUGCUCAAGUUGGAAAGUUAGGUUCUGAUUACCUCAAAUGGGUCCACUCACCUGUKGACCGACCCCUCCGCCUUUUCCAUUCAGAUUUUGUAGAAUUCUUUUCACGAACGCCAUGGUUUUUUGUCCCCCUCAUUUGGAUCCCAGUGGUUCUCUACACUUCAGUUUUGGGUCUCAAUCACCUUAAUAAAGAGUAUACUAGCCUCUAUGAGACUCCAUCUUUCCCUGUGGCCCUAGCUGUCUUCUCUUCGUUGUUCAUUCUUGGUUGUCUUCUGUGGUCGCUGGUUGAGUAUAUCCUGCACAGAUUUCUGUUCCACCUGCUUCCACCUGCUGACUCGCCAUUUUGGAUCACAUUUCAUUUUUUCCUUCAUGGCCAGCAUCACAAGGUCCCAUUUGAUGGAGCCAGGCUUGUGUUUCCACCAGUGGCUGCUUCAGUCUUUGCGAUAGGAUUCUAUGCUUUGUUUAGUUGUACAAUGUCCCCUGGCUGUGCUCAUGCCAUCUUCUCUGGGGGCCUUCUAGGCUAUGUUUUCUAUGAUUGCAUACACUACUACCUUCACCAUGGCUCGCCUGCUCAAGGUGGCUACUUCUAUAACCUCAAAAAAUACCAUGUUCAACACCACUUUGAAGACCAACAGAUGGGCUUUGGCAUAUCCAGCAAGUUAUGGGACUAUCCAUUCCAUACGUAUCCAAACAAAGACAAAGCAAGUUAAUUUGCAAGGAAUGUAGUCAUGAUUGAAUAAUUUAAGGUAAUAAUAGUUCCUGUUCACAUCAUCUUUCUUCUGUGAGAUGUAUGUUGAAAUUAGAUUUCUUGUUCAUGUGUUGUUGUGGUUACCCAGUCGCCUUUUAGUAAAUCACUGUAAAGCAGAUAUCAAUCUAGCCUGCAUAGUGGCACUUUGGAGAGGGAAGGAGAAAGGGACUGGGACCGACCUCCACUCCCCUCUACCCAAAGCACUGCUACGCAGGCUAAUAUAGAUCAGUCUUACAAGUUGAAGCUAACAGUACAAACAGUCAUGUAUUUAUCCCACUCUCAUAUAAUUUCAUCUAAAAUAUUUUUAUGAAGGAAUUGAAAUAUACCUGCUGGUUGAUUAGGAAGCCAUGACAACAUAACUGCACAGCAAGCAGAGAUCUUUUUUCUCUUCCUCCAUGAAGGCUGCAGCUAAAAUGGAGGGCAAAAAUUCCUUAAAGAGGGGUAGUGACACCACCAUAAGACAGUAUUGUCAAAAAUUUGUCCAAGGAAAAUCUGCAAGUAGAGUUAAUUUUACUUAGUGGUGUUCAACAUAUUAURUUACUACAGUAGUAAUAUGAUAUCCAUCAUAAUUUAUGUUAUAUGCACUCAUACACAGCUACGUUAUAAUUUUAUAUCAUAUAAAAUCAUAUAUACAUUCAUCACACUCUUAAUUCAGACAGACGAAUGAAUCUUGUUUCUUUCUUAAAAUGAYGUGGUUUUUUUUUAGAUAUAAUCUUUGAAAUUUAUGAAUUUCCUUCAACGUACUAUGUACAGAGAUUUUUCCAGCAAACAAAAAAAUUUGCCAGAGCAGACUUAUAAUUAUUUGUUGUUUAAGAAAAAAAUUACUCCAUAUGAAAAAUACUCUCACUGAAUCAUAUCUGUCUUUAGUUGAUGCUCUUUGGACAAGUUUUUUGAUAUAGACUGUUGUCAAAGUUUUUCUCUCAUUUCUAAGACUCUGAAACUUAUACACCAAACCAACCUAUACAAUAGAAAAUAUGGUAAUUUUAAUGGUUAGCAAUCAAUAAAAUCCAGCAAUUGCACAUUUAGAAUUCACAUCUCAAAAAAAAAAAAAAAAAAAAAAAAAAAAAAAAAAAAAAAAAAAAAAAAAAAAAAAAAAGAUAUCACAUAAUAAUUUAACUUAUCACUCAGUAUACUGAGCAAUAGACUACGGGGACUGUGGAGCAGAGUUUUGAUAAAUGGGGGGAGGGAAUAGUUAUCACAAAUCACACGACUUGUUUCAGUUUUAAGAUAUUUUUAAGGGCGAGGGGGGAGAAGUAUAUAUUCUCCACAGUCCUGCCCUGUCCACAGUCCCUGGACUUAACAUAUUUAUAAAGGUUCAAAAUUACGGGAACACUUUCAUCACACAGCAUGCAACACUAUAUUACAYGUAAUUUUAGUUUCUUAACGUAAUUAACUGUCACAGGUACAGAUUUGGAAAAUAGUUUUAAUUGGUGAAGUUUCCUCUUUUACAUUUUUUAUUUUGUUAAUGAACUGCAGUCCAUGAACAUUUCAAUCAAACCUCCAAAAGGUUGAUUACCAGAAGUCAAUAUUCAUUUGAAGUAAAUACUUAAGUGUAGGACUUCAGGUGCGCUGCCGUAACUAAUAAAAUGACAAGAGGUGUAAACUACAAUAAGUGGACAAUAUAAUCUAGGAAUGUAUUCAAUAAUUCAUAUCUAUAGGGGUAGCAAGUCACAUAUUUGUAAGAUAUAUAUUUAUUAAUUGUCGAUGACUAGCACAAUUCAACUGGGGUUUAAAWUCAAGUGAAACUAUUGAAUGUGUGUAAUUGCACUGCAAUAGAAAUAAAAGUUUAACAGUAA